UCUUAAAUCGACAGAUUUUAAACGGAGCACACCAUUGCUAGUGGGGGGUGCUGGAGACUAGUCUACUCAUCCGUCCCCCAAGAGGCUCUGCUUCCAAGGCCCCCUUUGUUCCGUCUCGCCGGUGUGGGUCGUGUCUACCCCAUCAGAGUCACACAUCAUUAAAAGAACCGACGGAAGGGCGAAGAAAAGACAGCCCGAAGAGGUAAUGCAAAGCUGGAGGAACCCCUUCGGAAGAUUAGAGGACAAAAGAAAAGUUGUUUCUGAUGCGUUUGAAGUCGUGGAGGAAAAAGUCGGACAAUCGGAUUUCUCGUGGAGACAAAAACACCACCCACAGACGAUUCACGGUGUUUUUGUUCCAUGCGCUGGAACCGGGAAGCUACGUGCUAAAGCAGCAUUGGUCCGUCACUUUACUGACACCGCCUGCGCGACCCACGGCACGCGGACUCUCCCUUUCUAAGCCCCGGCAGCGUCCAUAUUUGCAUCCCAGGGAGUGGCAGCCUGCUAAUUCUCCCUUCCUUCGUGGAUGUUGCCGCAGUCGCUACAACAAUAGAGCAAACUGGAUGCAUUUUGUGGAGGUGCGCAUUAUCAUCCCUCCACACUCCUCAAGCCUCCUGACUCCAGCACUAUCAGGAGUAGAACAUGAAGACAGAAAGCUGCCACCUCAUCCUCUUCCUCGCCUAGUGCCUGACCCACAAGCCUUCACUACCUCUCAGGUUGCGGUCAUCUCCCCUGAGACUUUUAACGAUGAACAUGCUCAAAUCCAGCGGGCUGAAAAUUCCUGGUCGCGGGCCCAAGCAUUCCAGUCCGAUGGGAAGGACGUCGACAAGCGGAACCUCCAGCUCCCCGGUUCCGCCUAAAGACAAUGUCCUAAUCAAGCCCAGUACGCCACCCAAAGCCUCCGAGGAGGGUGAUGAUGUUCUGGGGGACUACACGGUGGGCGAGCAGGUCUGGGUGAACGGUGUCAAACCUGGAGUCAUUGCCUACCUUGGGGAAACCCAGUUUGCCCCGGGCCAGUGGGCUGGAGUCAUUCUCAAUGACCUAGUUGGCAAAAACGACGGCUCAGUCGGCGGCGUGCGCUACUUUGAGUGCCAAGCCCUCCAGGGCAUAUUCACGCGGCCGUCCAAGCUCACCCGGCAGCCGGUGGCGGAAGGAAGCGACAGCCACUCCACAGAGUCCCUCUCUGCGCACAAUUUGCAAAGCGGCAGUGCCCCCUCUGGCCAGCGGGUGGUGGUGCCGCUCAGAGAGGGAUUGCUCAACAGUGCAGUUAAGACUGGAAACGAAUCUGGCUCCAAUAUGUCUGACAGUGGUUCUGUGAAGAAAGGUGGUGACAAAGACCUUCGGGUUGGAGAUCGAGUUUUGGUGGGAGGCUCCAAGAUGGGGGUCAUUCGCUACAUGGGGGAGACGGACUUUGCCAAAGGGGAAUGGUGUGGUGUGGAGCUGGACGAGCCCUUGGGGAAGAACGAUGGCGCUGUGGCUGGUACAAGAUAUUUCCAGUGUCUUCCCAAGUUCGGCCUGUUCGCUCCGAUCCACAAGGUGAUACGCAUUGGCUUCCCCUCCACCAGCCCGGCCAAGGCCAAGAAGAGCAAGCGAGUGGCCAUGGGGGUGUCGUCUCUGGCCCACAGCCCCAGCAGCUCUUCCAUCAGCUCCGUCAGCUCGGUGGCCUCAUCUGUGGGCGGCCGGCCGAGCAGGACCGGACUGUUGACAGAGACUUCGUCCCGCUAUGCCAGGAAGAUCUCGGGCACCACCGCCCUGCAGGAGGCCCUGAAGGAGAAGCAGCAGCACAUUGAGCAGCUGCUGGCUGAGCGCGACCUGGAGCGAGCCGAGAUGGCCAAGGCCACGAGUCACAUCUGUGAGGUGGAGAAGGAGAUGAGCACCCUCAAGUCGCAGCACAUGCAGUAUGUUACUGAGAACGAGAGCAACCUCCAGCAAAUGAAAGCUGUGUUGGCCAGCACGCAGAAAGCAAAAGUGGAACUAGCCAAUCAGCUGGAAGAAGAGAAAAGGAAAGUGGAGGACCUUCAGUUCAGAGUGGAGGAGGAAUCCAUCACCAAAGGAGACUUGGAGGGAAGAUGCAGGCAUGAUGCAGCAUCCAUGAGGUUGGGUAAGAGAACCAAGCAAACCACGGUGGAGGAGCAGAGUCGCAUCAUGCAGCUGGAGCAGGAGCUCAGCCACACCAGAGCCGAGAUCAAGACCCUCCAGGUUCAGCUUCGACCCCAGCCGGAGGCAGCCCUUACGCUCCUCCUGGUCGACGGGGAGAACGGCGAGCUUAAAGAGGAGACGGCACUAGCGGUGAGCCAGCAGGAGAUGGAGGCGCUGAAGGCAGUGAUAGAGAAACAGAACCAGGAGAUCGGAGAGCUGAGGCUGAAAGUCCAACAGGCCACCAAGGAAAACAUGGACAUGAUGGACACCUGGAAGGCUAAAUUUGACUCUUUAGUGAGUGAACAUCAGCAAUCCCUGGAGGAGCUCAAAGCUUCCUUCACUAGUGACCACGCAACACCACCAGGCCAAGAAUUGGGUGUCCAAGAACUGAGGGCCACUCUUGAGAGCUUGAAGAUGGAGCACCAACUGGAGGUGGAGAACCUCAAGGCCAAGUAUAAGAUAGAAGCUGCCAUCCUGACUAAGGAACAUGAGGACCUCUGCACUCGGCUUCAAGAGGCUAAAGUUCAGCUGGCUGAGAGCAAUCACACCCGGACUGAUGUGGACGCCAAGGAGGGCAGCAAGCAGGCCCUGGAAGAAGCCACUGAAAAGCUACAGAAGGCAGAGAAGAGGCUGGCAGAGAUGGAGACUCUUCAGAGGAAGCAGGACAGAAGCACACAGGAGUUGAGAGAGCUGUCAGAAAAGAAGAUGGUGGACUACCAGGCCUUGAGGAAUGCCCACAGCGAGAGCCAGAAGGAGAUCCAGAAGCUGGAGGAGAAGCUGAGGGUGACGACCAACCAGCUGCAGGCCAUCCAGGCUGACCGCUACACCUCUCACGAUGCAAAUAUGAUCAAAGCUAACGACGUUUCCGAUGAGACAAUGCAGCUGAAACGGAAUAUCGAAGCCCAUUUAAGCAGCAAACCUAUUGAACCUGAAUACAAAACCAUGGAGAAGUUGCUGAAAAGGGAGAAAGAAGUUUCCACUCUCACCUCACAGGUCGAAGCCCUCAAGUCACACAUUGGAGCUCUGGAGAGCAAAGUCCGUAUGGGGGAAAAGAAAGCCGAAGCCCUGGCCAAGGAGAAGGUGCGCAUGGAGGCAGAGCUCGAGUCGAUGACCAGAAAGUCCCAUGAUGCUUCAGGGCAGCUGCUUAGCAUCAGCCAGGAUCUACUGAAGAAAGAGAGGAGCCUGAACGAGUUGAGGGUUUUGCUUUUAGAGUCGCGUCGCCACUCACGGGAAAUGGACAAGGACCUGAACCGUGAGGUGCGCAAGGCAGAGUGGAAGGUGAAGGAGCAAAAACUGCAGGAUGACAUCAAGACACUGCGGGAAAAACUGCUGCUGCUGGGCCGCGAGAGGUUUUCCCCCGACCAUCGCCGACACUCGAUGCUGGACCCCUCUGCCUUGGACUCAGAGGUCAGCCGCCUUCGGCAGCAGUUGCUGAGCACCGAGGAGGCCCUGAGAACCGCUCUGGAGCACAACCAGCAAGUGGACCAGCUGGUGCAGGCCAUGGGCAAGCAUCCGGAGAAAAGCCCGAUUCACGGAGCCAAGUCAGCCAAUGGAAUCCACCAUCAGGAGCCCAACAGCACUCAAGAAGAACAGCAACGCUGAUACAAGCUGAGGAGAAUGCCAUCCAACUGGGACGUGCAGGAAGAGGAAGUUCAUACCAAAACUGCAAGUGGCAGAAAGCACCUGUUAGUCACAAGGACCAAUGAAAGUGCUCUAAUAUAAAUGAGGACUUGUGGACUCGGAGAUAUUAUUAUCAUCAUCGUUAUUAUUAUUAUUAUCAUCUACUCAAGACUUUGGCUGUUUUACAAUUGAAGGAACAUCUUUUGAGUUGCAAGAGAGACAAUUUCAAAAAGCUUGACGGACUAUGAUGACAAAAACUACCACUGAGUCACUUUUUUUUUAAUUUAUUACCGUGAUUUUUUUUUUUUUUUUUUUUUUUUCCUCAGCUUUGAAGUAAUCAACUCGAGUUGAGCUGCCAGUGACUCACAAAAUUCUGAUGCCUUUUUAAGGGAACGGGCUUGGCGGAUGAUCAUUGUCCCAAAUGGUGCAUCGUGCACAAGAUUGGUAAGUCAUGAAGUUAACGAGUAUUAUUGGAGACAUUAAAGUAAUACUUCAAACUAAAUGUGUCCUUUGAAUAUUAAAGGUGCUGUCCCUCUUUUGCUCCAAAUGACACUUUUUUUAACCAAAAAAUAUAAGGACACUACAAGCUACCAUAUGUUACCAACAGUGGUUUAAAAGAACAGACUGUACAAAUAAAUGCCAAUAAUUAUCACAAUUCGAAGUUUUCCUUCGAUCGAAAUAAAAUGAUUGGUGUACAUGCGUGGCCGUGCACGUAGAUAAAAGCAGUCUCCGAGAAACGACUGACAAUUUGGAGUCAUUCUGUGGGUAUAAUACUUGGUAUAUACUCUUGAAUCUUGAAUAAUAGCAUAUCCAUUCAAAGAUAGCUCAUAUUAGCAUCUAAACUUUGUCAAAUUGCUAUCAUUAGCUGACAGCAAACAUAACUAAUUUUCAUGUGUUGGGUGUGGCUUGCAACAUUGGAGCAGGAAGAGGGUGGAAUAUAUUUGUUCGAAAAUUAGCGCCCCCCCCAUGCUGUACCUAACCAAGGCAGACAGCACAUUUUAAAAAUGGUAAAAAUCUACUAAACCGAGAUGAGAAAUGAGCUUGCAUUUAAAAAAAUUGUUAACUUUGCGGUAUCGUACGAAAUAAACCACCAUGCCUCCUGAAAAAAACUUUUGAAAAUGGUAAAAUUGUACUUACCUGAGAUGAGAAAUGAGCUUGCAUAAAAAGACGGUUGCUAGCUUUGCGGUAUCAUACGGAAUAAACCACCAUGCCUCCUGAAAAAAAAAUCUUUUUAGCGUUUUUUUUUUUUUUAUAGCUGUUGCACAUGCUGUAAGUGGACGUGCUGCUAGGACAAUUGGACUGCUCUUAAUUGAAGGAAUACUGUACAUAUUUCUACAUUGUUACAUAUUCCCCUAAAACAUUGGUCCUAGGGGGUACCAUAACACCCAGCACACUGUGGACUGAUGCUGUUCUCGGUGUGACAGUUGCAAAUUGAAGGGCUCCAGGGCUACACACUAUCAAAAAAAUGGGUACAAUUGGUGUCCAUUUCUGUCCCUUAAUGUAAAUCAUAGGGCUCAUUAUUGGACUCCAAGAUAAUCUGUACCUUUUCCAGGACCAGGUUUCAAAGUUGUUAACCAGAAACUUUUAGGAUACCACCCCAGUGCCAAGCUACUGUACCCUUCAAGGAAAACUGCACUUUUUUCUGGAAUUUUGCCCAUCCACAAUCCUUAUGUGAAACGUGAGCACAUGUCUUUCCCUUUUUUGUGCGUUCUAAAGAGAGAACUGUUACUCUGAGGGAGCUAACAAUGCCCGUCAUGGGACACACCAGCUGGACCAGACAGACAACUGUCCAUCGACUAAGUCGACAUGAUAUUAAUUCUGAUACAUGGAGCACAUAUCACAACACAGUCCAUCCAGCCGUGUAUAAACAAAACAUGGCGUGAGGCGCUGCAUCACUACGCCAGAAAAAUAGUUAUUUUUGUUAGCUGUUACAAUAACAAUGUCGCUGUAGCUUGGUUUAUCUACACGUCAGUUAUGUAAAUGGAACAUUGCUUGUGUUUUUGGAGGGUUUUUUUAGGGUUUUAUAGUCCAAAUAGGUGUGUCCCGUUACAUGCAUUGUUAGCUCCCACAUGCUAGCUGUGUUUUAGCUGUUUCUCUCUCUGUUCCGAAGCCGUAAAACACAAGUGCCAAGGGAAUAAAACCAGUAUGUUUGAUGGUACCACCCCAGUAGAAAGGCCCUGAACUUUAAAAGGUACAACCCACUCUGAAGUAUCCAUAGGGCUAAUUGUUGGACUUCAAUGUAACUGGUAAUACUGUUUCAGGGACCAAAAAAGUGCCACAAAAGCAGUAAGGUUAAGGAUAAUGCCCCAGUGACAAAUGUACAUCAUAGAGAAAAUUCCUACGACUCUACGGUCGUCUUUGUACCAUUUCCAGGGCCCCCGAAGUACCAGGUACAGUAUGUCCGCAAGUUGUAGGUAUCAAGGGUACAAAAGCAGAAACUUUGAGGUUAUCACCCCGUUCACAAGUUAACUGAGCCAGGACUCUACUACUGCUUCUCCACAAGGGAGUUUUCAUUUGCAAAAACAUUAUGGGAUCAGAAGUCUUCCAAGUAAUCCUUUAAGCAUUUCACAUUCAUGUCCUGUUUUGAUGGCUAUACAGUAUGGUUGACUCAUGGCUCUGUUUUGUAGACAUGAUAGAUGUCAUGAGGUUAAAAGUGCUGGUCAUUAAUGGAAGAAGCUGCAUUUUGGAUAUUAUUGUACUGUAAGGACCUUUCCACAGGAGGGUUCUCUCUCUCUCUUUCUCUCUCUCUCUCUCUCUCUCUCUCUCUCUGGGAUUAUUGCCGCAUUGCUUUCAGAGAUUGAGUCAUUAAAAAUUUACAACCUGUUCAAGUG